AUGAAAAAGGGUAGGAAGGAAUUGGUCUCGCCUGUUUCUAUUCAGCUUCCAGACGAUGUCAUUCUUGAGAUACUCCGCAGAUUACCUGUGAAGACACUCUUGCGGUUUAAGUGUGUGAGUAAAUUGUGGAAAGAGAUUAUAUCUAGCCGUAACUUCACUCUGUCUCCCACUGGAAGAGAUCGAGCAAUCGUGGGCUAUGCGCCUUAUACGAGUUUAUCUCUUGAUGUUUCGCCAUUAAAUUUCUAUUCCAUUGAGGAUAAUCUUUCAAUGGUGAAGCUUCCUGAUCCUGCUGCAAGUGAUGGUUACAAAGCAUUGUUAAUGACUAAUGAUCCACCUCUUGGUGGAUCAGGGUCUGCGUUUGUUGUUAGCUUAAGAACGGGUGAAUACUGGACGGACAUUAGUGUUCCUUAUAAGGAAAUUGGUGGGUCAAGGGUGAUAGUUUAUUUUGACGAGGAGAUAAACCAAUUUAGAGAGAUACCUAUGCCGGAAGAGCAUGAAACUAGUGAUGAAUCUCCUACUUACUAUUUUGGACUAACUCUUUUACAUGGAUGCCUUUGCAUGUCUAAAAGUGGUUCCACAUCUUAUAGCGGGGAUAUUUUCAUUAUGAGAGAGUCUGGGGCGAUAAAUUCUUGGACAAAAUUGUUCACUAUUGAUGGAGUUUUACUGCCUCUUCGCACUAGGAUUCCUAAUGAAAUUUUUGUGGUUCCAGGAUCGGAAAGACAAAAAGUUAGGAGGUACUAUGAAACCAAGGCUGGCCAUAAAGUAUCAGUCACCAUGUUUCUGAUUGCUGGUCCUUUCAUGUUCGCAGAAAGUUUGGCUUCGGUCGAUUUGAUAUAG